UUCGUGCCUAGCGCAGCCAUGGCUCGGGGUCCCAAGAAGCACCUGAAACGCGUAGCAGCUCCAAAACAUUGGAUGCUGGAUAAACUGACUGGUGUGUUUGCCCCUCGUCCAUCUACCGGCCCCCACAAGCUAAGGGAGUGUCUCCCCCUAAUCAUUUUCCUAAGGAAUAGACUUAAGUAUGCCCUAACAGGAGAUGAAGUAAAGAUUUGCAUGCAGCGUUUCAUUAAGAUCGAUGGCAAAGUCCACACAGAUAUAACCUACCCUGCUGGUUUUAUGGAUGUCAUCAGCAUUGAUAAGACUGGAGAGAAUUUUUGUUUGAUCUAUGACACCAAGGGUCGAUUUGCUGUUCAUCGUAUUACACCUGAGGAGGCCAAGUAUAAAUUGUGCAAAGUAAGAAAGAUAUUUGUGGGGACAAAAGGAAUCCCUCAUCUGGUAACCCAUGAUGCUCGUACCAUCCGUUACCCUGAUCCCCUCAUCAAGGUGAAUGAUACCAUUCAGAUUGACUUGGAGACUGGCAAGAUUACUGAUUUCAUCAAAUUUGACACUGGCAACCUGUGCAUGGUGACUGGAGGUGCUAACCUGGGAAGAAUUGGUGUGAUUACAAACCAGGAGAGGCAUCCAGGUUUUUUUGAUGUAGUUCAUGUGAAAGAUGCGAACGGCAACAGCUUUGCCACACGGCUCUCAAACAUUUUCGUUAUUGGCAAAGGCAACAAACCGUGGAUCUCUCUUCCCUGUGGAAAGGGUAUUCGCCUUACCAUUGCUGAGGAGAGAGAUAAGAGAUUGGCAGCCAAACAGAGCAGUGGAUAAAAUGAUCUCUAUGUGAUGUGCUUGGAAAAGUCUUUGUAAUUAAAGAUAAUACCAAGUGAAAAAAAAAAAUU